UGAAGGCGCCGCCAGACAACAUACGAACUGAAUCUGUGAUCGUACGUGUGUGUUGACACGCAAUCGAGUCGCUUGUCUACCAAAAGUUUUGCGACGAAACGGCGGAAAAAAAAGAGGCGCACUCGUGGUCUGACCCUUCGCAGGCUCCGUAACCCUGCACUUUCCAGACGGACAUGGCGACUCAGGUCAUCUCCAAGUUGUUCCGUCCUGCUGUGUUCACUCAGCUGGCGGCUCUCCGCUUGCGGGGGAAGGUGGCGGCGGCGGCGGCGGCGGGGACCAGACAUUUGUCCAGUGACCCUCCUCCGGAGAAAGUCAGCCGCUAUCCAGUUCCUUACAGGACAGACCUGCCCGUUGACAUUGUGGAGCUUAUGGAGGAAGUUGAGACAAAGGGAGGCUUUCUGCCAAAUGUCUUCAAAGUGCUCUCUCACAGGCCUGCAGAGUUCAGAGCCUUCUUCGCAUACUACAAUGAACUAAUGAACAAGGAGACAGGCGGAUUGACCAAGGCCGACCGUGAGCUGAUCGUGGUCGCAACGAGCAUCCACAACAAGUGUCUUUACUGUGUGGUAGCCCACAGUGCACUGCACCGCAUCUACUCUAAGAAGCCCACUAUGUCCGAUCAGGUUGUUGUUAACUAUGAGAAUGCCGAGCUGGGACCUCGGGAGCGUGCCAUGCUGGACUUUGCGAUGGCUGUGUGUCGCUGCGACACCAUCACGGAACAGCACUUCCAGGCUUUAGAGGAAGUGGGCUUUGACCGCGAGGAUGCCUGGGAUAUUGCCGCCAUUGCUGCUUUCUUUGCCAUGUCCAACCGGCUCGCCCACCUCACCGACAUGAGGCCAAACCUAGAAUUUUACAACAUGGGCCGUUUACCUCGUGACAAGAGCAAAGACAAGUGAAAAGAGAGUGGAAAGGUCACAUGUGACACUAACAACGUCCCUGUUCAAACCUGGUAUUAACAUCCAUCUCGUGUGAUCUUAUCACAAGUGGACAGCUACAGGUCUCCAUUUGUGGUCGGAUCUCACUUUCCAGCUCCAUGUGCUAGUAAACGUACGUUACUUCUGAUUUUGAAAUCCAAAUCAUGUUGUUUUUAGUCUACCUAUACAGAUGGGUCCUUGUGUGGCAGUCGGUGUGAAAGGGAGGGAGAGAGAGAGAGAGAGGGGGAGGCGUUUCUAUUACCACUCUGAGGAUCUCUAAUGUGAAUUACUUUGGCCUUUAAAAAUGGUGUUGGUUUAAAGGGGCAGUAAGCGAUUAUAAAGCAAUACACGUUUUGUAAAAAUUAGCGGAUAUUUCCUCAGGGUCCUCUAGCUAGAAAAAAAAAUCCAGAUUUUCAGCUCAACCUUGGCUCUGUAAAUCGAAAAAAAAAAAAAUGGUGCAGAAGGCACCACAUAACACUGAGUGCAGUUUGUAAACAUCACUCGUCGACACGUGCUAGCGGAUGGUCUUGCAACUCUGGCCCUGCCAGAGCAGUAAAGUCACAACAACAACAUAAAGAGAGACAUGCUCUCUCUGAAAUCGCUUACUGCCCCUUUAAAUGAUGGAUGACGUGAGAGACACACUUUACGAGAUGUGUACCUCACUGUGUUUGUUGUGCUAUUUUCUCUCUGUUAGGACAGAAAUUAUUUUAUUGGUGACUUGUUACACAUUGGGUCUCAAUCUAGUUAUAAAUUAUGUUUAUUUACCUUGAA